CGGUAUAAAGCAGCGGGCGCCUGCGACUGCCGCACCUCCGGCUCGGCUCCUUCCCGGGACUGUUCCGCCCCCUCCCCAUCCUGCUGGCCUCCACCAUGACACCCGGCUUCCAGGCCCCUCUCCUCCUCCUGCUCCUGGCAUCCCUGCAGCUUCCAGCUGGCACUGCACAGUCUACUGAUACCUCAUCCUCGACCCCCAGCUCAGCCUUGAGCUCGACCACCGCCCCCGGACACCACAGCACGACCCCCAGCUCGGCCUCGAUCUCGACCACCGCCCGUGGACAGCACAGCAGCUCGUCCUUGACCACCACCCCCGGGCACCACGGUGGCACAUCCCCAACACACAUCCCGCUUGGCCACAGCGCCAGCACCGCUGCCAGCACAACUCACCGUGGCUGGGAACCUCUCACGUCCUCCAAUCGCAGCACUUCUCCCCAAUCUCUCAGGAUCUCCAUCUUCUUGCUGUCCUUUUCCAUUGAGAACCGUCAGUUUAACUCUUCUCUGGAAGAUCCCGGCUCCGGCUACUACCAGGAGUUGCAGAGGAACAUUUCUGAGUUGUUUUGGCAGAUUUAUAAAAAGGAAGGUUUUCAGGGCCUCUUUAAUAUCAAAUUCAGAGCAGGAUCGGUGGUGGUCGAAUCGAACCUGGCCUUCCGAAAGGGCGCCACUGAUGCUCGCAGCGUGCAAACACAGUUGGAAGAGAACAUAAAAGAACUUGUCGCAUAUCACCUGUCCAUCUCGAAUGUCAGGGCACAAGAUGUGUCGCUCCUUUCCUCCCGCCAGUCCGGGUCUGGGGUACCUGGCUGGGGCAUUGCUCUGCUGGUGCUGGUCUGUGUCCUGGUGGCAUUCGCCAUCAUCUGUGUCAUUGCUCUGACGGUGUGUCAGUGCCGCCGAAAGAACUGUGGGCAGCUGGACGUCUUUCCAGCCCGCGAUGCCUAUCACCCUAUGAGCGAGUACCCCACCUACCACACCCAUGGGCGCUACGUGCCUCCGGGCAGCAGACCCAGCCCCUAUGAGGAGGUCUCUGCAGGCAACGGGGGCAGUGGCUUCUCGUAUGUGAACCUGAGCACAUCAGCCACUUCCGCCAACCUGUAGGAACGCGUUGCCACUGAAUGUCCCGAUGCCAGUGCCACGUGCCUCCCCCAGGCUCCUCACUGCCAGAGUCCCCUCCACUCAGGUCUGUGCCUCGCUGGUGAGCUGGGAGUUCAGGCGGGCUGCUCACAGGCCCCACCAGGUCCCCUAACCCAUGUCAGCCCCGAUGAAGCCCAUGUGAGCCCCUUGGGGACAGGC